AUGCUCAAAGUAUGACCCUUGAAAGUCUAUGAAACUUGGCGCAAAUCGAAAAUUCAGCCCAUUGGCAUUAAUGGGCUGGCUGAAUCUUCUCAAAAAUGAAUCAUGAUGCCAAAUUUACUCCUAUGACUUAAAGUUAAAGUCAUCAAGCUCUUGCCGUAAAAAUUUCGGCAUGAUAGCCCAAAGUCUUCCCUAUAAUAUUACUAGAUGAAUAUUAGCGCGCAAAAGUGUUAAGCUCAUUUGGAAACUAUUUCACGCAAAAAUUUUUAAUAAAAUAUGUCAUGAUGACAAAUUUUUACAACUAAGCUGAAGACAUCAAUUUCUGGCCUAAUCAUUUGAGGUCUGUUAAGCCCACCUCCAACCCUAUUAUUAGUCGAAUUUCAGUCCACAAAAGUGACUAAACCCCGCGUCCGUUUCCACAUCCAGUCAGUCAGUCCACGGGCUGCCUUUGCGAAGCGAGGGCAGCCACGGACUGAACGCUCUCUGGCGCUUCCCCACCGCCGCCGCUAUCUCGCCCACCAGUCCACACCGUCCCUAAUGGGCCCCUCCAUUCUUUCGCCGCCUGCCCUUGUGCCGCUCGCUAAAACCGCGAGCCCAACGCUGUGCAACGGGAGAAAAUCGUUUCGGUCUCUCUCCAAGGGCGGGGGGCAGACGGAAGGAGUUGGGGAAGCGCACUCGCCGCGGCUAGACCAACCCCCCGGCCACAAAGGAGGACGGACGCAGGGCCAGAUGGGACACAGCGGCGGAAAGGUCCGUCUGUCUCUCGCUUCUCUGGCCUGA